UGAAGGUAAAUCAAACUAGAUGGUUGAAAGAUACAUUUCGUUUACAGGCAAACGUAGUUUGAGCCGUUAAAUGAAAGCAUUGGAUAGAUGAGAAGCAGCUCAUGUUGGAACCAUUGCUUUGUUUUCUAGGAGAGGAAGAUGGGAGUAGAUUACCGCAAGAUGCCUCAGAGAUGAUUGAAGAAAGCGCAGAAGGAGAAAAGCCCAUAGAAAAGAUGGAAAAGCCAUUGAAACUUGUAUUGAAGGUAGGCCUACAGGACACUUCUGACACCUUCACCUCUUCUAUUGGCGAAGAACGUCCAAAACACAAGCACAAGAAGAAGAAAAAGAAAAAAGACUCAAGGGACAAAGAUAUCGAGGUGGAAAUAAGUCAUAGGCGAAGUCACCAGGAUGUAGACAUGGGUGCAGAUGAUUCAUCAAUCAUGCUGGAUGAUGAGCGACCUCACAAAAAGAUUUGCGUGGAAUCAGACAGUCAUAUUUCAGCACCUGUAGAAGUGGUAGAAGAACGACCUCACCGUUCCUGUACCAAGUAUACUGACGAUGGUGCCAUUCUUCGACAGUGUUUAGAGUACCUGCAAAAAAUUCUUCAAAACAAGGAUGUCAAUGGAUUUUUUGCAUACCCAGUGACAGAUGCCAUAGCUCCUGGCUACUCCAGCAUUAUUCUUAAUCCCAUGGACUUCAGUACCAUGCAGCUGAAACUAGAGCGAAAUGAGUAUCGCAGCAUUAUGGAGUACAAGAAAGACUUUGUCUUAAUGUGCAACAAUGCCAUGACAUACAAUCGUCCAGAGACAGUGUACUACAAGGAGGCCAAACGCCUGCUGCACAUUGGUCUCAAGCAGCUCAGCAAGGAAAAAUUAUUGUCUUUGAAAAAGACACACAGUUUUCUUGCAAAUCUGACAUUGGCUGAAAUAGGCAUUGAUGAAAAUGGGAAAGUGUUGGAAGAUAUGCCAACCCUUUCAGAGGAAUUAAGGAUCAAAGACAAAUCUAAAUCAAAGUCCACAAAAACUGUGCUGAGUCCCUUUGAGCCCUUCCCUGACAAUCUUAGUCCUGAGGAAAUUCUUGCCCAGGCCCAGGCAGCAGCUAAGGAGGCCAAGGAAGAACUGGCACUGCGCAGACCAAAGACAGAUCUUGCUUUCUUGCGGCAGAACAAGAAGGGUGUGACCACACUCAACAUCAUCAACCCUGAGAAUGAAGGAAUUGUGAGUGAGACAGAACGCGUGGUAAACCUGGGGGAGGUGGUCGGUAAACUUGCUACUGGUUCAGGGUGUGUGAACAGCUUCAAGGAGGACAGGCGCAACAAGGUUUCUCCACUGGUGUAUUUGAACUAUGGACCGUUCAGCAGUUUUGCUCCUCAGUAUGACUCAUCCUUUGCUAAUAUUACCAAGGAGGAGUCCGACCUUCUGCUCGCCACCUAUGGAGAUGAGACAGGUGUGCAGUAUGCUAGAAGUGUGCAGAGUUUCGUGUCCACAGCAGGAGAUUACGCUGUUCGGAUGGUGAACAAUCUGCUAGACUUGCUGACAAAAGGCCAGCACACGCGCACCAACAUCAUGCUGGAGCAGCAACGGCGCCAGGAGGAACAGCGGCUAGCAGAAGAGGGGGAUGCUGGUAGUGAGGCUGCUGGCAUUGGAAGUUGUCUGGACAGCACCAACACCACACAACACCAUGACCAGCAGCAGACUGAGGUUCCUUUGGAAGACUCCACUUCUCCAGUGAUGGAGGACCCAGUUCAAAAACGACUCCUUGCUACAGCAUCUCUGAUCAGUGACCUUCACCAAGCCCAGGAGCUUCGGCUGAGUCAGCCACCACCACCUCACUUAGCUCAUUGUCCACCACCCUCACCUCAAGAAAUGGAACUUGCUGCACAGGUAACUCAAGGUCUGACUGACCUUGCAAAGGAUGUAGCUCCUGGAGACCUAGUCAGUGUACAGAGUUUACGUUCGGCCAUGGGAAUUGCAGGCCAUUCACUUGCUUCUCCAACCUCACAUGAUGACCAUGGUGAAAACGACCUGCCAGGUGAGGACUCACUAGAGCAUCUUGACAACCUUCCCUCAACUGGCACCGCACCAGCAAGUGUGUCCGAGAGUGUGUCUGCCUCACAAGCAACAGAAGAGGAGGAAGAUGAGGAUGAUGAUGAUGACGAUGACAUGGGGGAAGAUGAGGGAGGAAUGGGAGAUGAUGAUGAGGAAGAUGAAGAAAUGGCUGAUGAUACAGCCAACCUGAAUGAGUUCUUUCCGAGUCCCACCAUGAUGGAUGGACAAACAAUAGAAGACAGCUGAAGCACCAAGUACCUUGCAUUAUAGCUUCUUCAUGCAUAGUGCUGCCGUGGUUACCAAAAAUACUUUCUUUGGAAGAAUAUUGUGGUUGCAGGACAAAUUGCAUGUCUAUACAGCCUGUGCAGUUGCAGGACAAGUUGCCUGUGUCUGUGUGGUCACAAUGCUUUCAGUGUAAUUGUUGGGUAGGAUAAAAAUGCUGGUCAGAAGUCCUGCAUAUGGCCUCCACAUCAGAUCUGUUAUGUAAUUUCAGGAAAAGACAAGACUUAACUUCAAACUUUGAUGGGUUGUAAUCUGUGAUUCUUAACCAGAAAUUGGGAAGAAUUUCAACACAGAAGAAUCAGUUUUCCGAAUGCAGCAAGUACAGUGGAACCUCGGUUAAUGAACACAAUCCGUUCUGGAAAGCUGUUCGUUAUCCGAAAUGUUCGUUAUCCAAAACAAUUUUUCCCAUAAGAAAUAAAGGAAAUAGAUUGAA